UUUCGAAAUUUAAUAAACAAUAUAUAUAUUUGUGAUGAAAUAUUGAUUUGCUAUCGCCUUUGUGACUAAACAUAUAUAAAAUGUUUAGGAUUGUUACUUUAUUAUUAUUUUUUAUAACUGCAUUUGCGCAUAACAAUAAGUUGCAAUAUGACGCUGACUUGCAGUCAGCCCUUUUACCACAAGAAUUGAAUCCAGCAUUCGUUCCUGAGAAAGCAGCACAGCAUAAUAUUCCAUGGAAAACUUUACUGCCUAUGCGAUACCGUCGUUCCUAUAUACCUCUAGAACAACCAAGCAGCAUUCAAAUUGUGAAGAAGUACAGCCGGAUAGCAACUUGUGUUGUUUUGGUGAUAUCGAUCAUUGUCGAAAUAGUUCUUUACGUGCUCGAGAUUUAUUAUGUUUUAUAAUAGCUAAUGAAUAGCAAAUAGGUACCGUAUUUUUGCUCUCUCCUCUACCCAAGUGUUGGCUGCUUUAGCGAUAAGAUCGCACUCAUAAGUACAUUAUAAGUGUAAUAUAUAGACAUCUCUUUGUAUUAU